AUGAAAACAAUAGAAGUGAGAGAAGAAAUUGAGCUUCUUAAAGCCACUGUCUCUGAAAUCAAGCUCUCUUCAGGUUUCUCUCUGAAUGAUCACACAGGGUCAUACAUCACUGUAUUGGCUGGGGGGGGGGGCGGCGUUGCAACAGCGGCAGAGAGGGCAGGGGAUGAACUGAAUGCAGAUGCACUGACCAACAGAAUCACCACAGCUGUAAGAGAAGCAGGAGAAGAUGUGACAAUGAGAGCAGUGCUUCUGCAGCUCAUUGACACUGCUGCCUUCAAUCUGGCUUUCUUGACAGUCACAGAGACUGCUGCCGCAUCAUGA